AGAUGGCAAAGUUCAGCAAUGAAGUGGCAUCUCUUGUUCGCCAGUCACAUUAGAGUAUACACUCCCAUCAUGAAAAUUGUUUUCUAACUUAACGUUUUAUUACGGUAAUUGUUAAGGAUAGAGAAUGGCAGGAAUAUUCCGACUUGGUAUCCUUUUCGGAUAUAUCUGUGUGUGUCUUUCGUCUAAGAAAAGACUGGACUUUCUUGAACUGCGAGUUAGUAGAUUAGAAGUCAGUGCUAGAUCAGAUAUUCUAGAGCUAGGAGGGCUAAUUGAUGAAAUCAAUGAGACGGUUUCAGCAGCAGGUGUUGGUAGCAGUGGACCUGUAAAUAAUCCUCAAAUAGAGAUAAAACUGAACGCACUAGAUGCAAAACUUGAACAAUUUAUGCAGGAGCAGCGAGAGAAAAGUGUGGCUUUAUCGAAAGCAAUAACAGAAGAAAAGACGAUGACGAGAAAAAUGCUGAAAAUAAUGAAACAGUUGGCUGACAGUAAUGCCGAGUCUGUUCUAGAAAUCGAAGAAACGCUGGAACAAAAUGAGAUUGAAAGGGACAAGUUUAGGACAGACUGGAAAAUGUUCGAGGAGGGUAUGAUGAGUGAAUUUAAUGAAUUGAGCGAGCAAACAAAACUGUUAAACGACAAACUUGAAAAUUUCGACGGCAAUAUUGUUAUACAUGGCUCAGAAAGACAAGACGCUUGCCCAAAGGACUGGCAGCGAGAAGGAGACAAUUGUUACCUGUUUGAGAAAGAUGAAAAGUUGAGCUGGUAUGGAGCAAGAAUCAGAUGUGAUGAUUUUGGCGGGAAACUGACAGAACCCGACACUGACAAGGAAAUGACGUAUAUAAUGACGAACGUACAUGCCGACAACGUUUGGAUUGGAGCUACUGAUGAUGGCCACGAAGGAAAAUGGGUGUGGGCAAGUUCGCAAGACUUAGUCAGUUCAAACCUAAAUUGGCAGUCUGGCCAGCCGAAUAAUCUUUACGAAAAUCAGCACUGCAUGGAAAUUGGACUAUUGGCAAUGAACGACGAGUCGUGCUUACAGGAUAACUAUUACAUUUGUGAAAAGGCGGCAGUGGUCCAAUAACAAUAUCUUUACAUUCUGUUCGGCGUAUGGACCUUUAGAUGUUUUAGUUAUCGCCGGCGGAUUUUGUGAGAGGAAAAUCAUCACGUCGAAACUGGAGCCACAACAUUCGUUAAAUAAUUAAUGGAAAAAAUAGGAACGAUAAAUGAUAUAUGAGUAAAAUAAUAAAUAAAAAAAAAGAACUGGAGUUUAAUAAUAAAUGACAAAAAAGUGAGUUGAAAUAUUAAUGAUAAACUUGGGUUUUAAUGAAUGACAAAAUAUAUUUCGGACAAAAAACUAAUUAAAGAUGUAUGAUUUAAAGUUUCAUGUAGAUAAUGACUGGAACAAAGUGUAGGCACCACGCUUGAGUGUAUCUAAUUAAUGAAGAUGAGAUUUCGAGGAUGGUUCUCAAUCGAUUCCUUCAACAAGACAGUUAGUUGUACUCUCCAAUAAGUCAAUUAUCGGAAUCGCUGUGAUAGCAGAUUUACAUUUCUGUAACCAAUUAAAUUGUUUAUUUGCUAACAGAGGUAUACUUUCAAUUACAUUGAAUAAUUGAUACAGAAUCAGAGAAAAACACGAAUACAAGCGUUAUCUUUAAAUACACUUGAUUGGAAUACGUGAAAACCGUUCUAAAACUGCAACUGUUGAUAAUUGAGAGUGUUAAAUGGAUUGCCUGAUGGAGUUAAGAAUUGCCGGAAAUAAUUAUAUUCCACAAUUGUGCAUGUUAAUGUAGGAAUAGAUUUGCGAUCGAUAUGUGCAUUUAAAUACAUUUCCUUGUCUCUGUCUUAUAUGACGGGUGUACCGGACGGCUUCUGCCAAGGUGAACGGAGCUUAAGAUUACUGUUAGACUUUGGUUUAUAAGAUUAAAUUGGAUUUACGUGAUUAACAGCGGAGGACGACCUUUUUAAUGAGCUGUCGCAGAGAACGUAUUCCCUGAAUUAAUCAUAGCGUUUGAGAAUCAUGAACUGUUUAAAGUUAUAAAAGAAAAAAAAGGCGUUGACGCCAAGAGUAGCUUUAAAGUUAUAUAUGGACUUAUAGAAAA